AUGAGUUCUUAUACCGAAAAUUGCGCGAUUCUUAUUGUUCUUCUGUUUUUUAUCAAUGUACAAGGAAUAACGCCAUCAAAAGAUGUUUACAACAGAACAAAUAAUAGUGUAAAUGAUAUCGAAGUACCCGACAGUCCAUUACUAUUACUCGAUCGAUUAAAUUUACGCCAACUCUCUACCAUAUCACAUUAUGGGAGGCAAAACCAAGAUGUAAGCGUACAGAAUUCUACAACAUCAAGACGUUGUUCCUGCUAUCUUGGAGUGUGCAAAUGUUGCACUGGGUAUCUGUUGGACUUAAUUAAUCAAAAGGCAUGUAUGAAAGUCACUUAUCAUCCAGGGGAUUUUGCCUUUGAUGUUGCUAUGUCUAUGAAUAAUAGGAUUCUUUAUGAGAGCUCCUUGUCGGGCAAAAAUCCAAGACCAAUAUGCAUAAGUCCCCCAAGAAUUCCGAAUUUAAAAGUAUGCGCUAAGUUUUACAAUGUGUUUUUUCCUGGUAGAAACUUUCACUUUUGCUUAGCGAUGUCUGGAAAAUGGCGAUCCUUCACGUUGUUUAACUUUGCUUUCGAUUGUCUGAGGAUGGGUGCUAACGGAAUCGUUAUGAUAGGUCCUGAAGAAAAUGGUGGAAUAUCGGUUCCUAACCCUCAAGGUGGUGUUGAUGCAGUCAUUGACGCUGGCGAAGAUGAUAUUGAAGAUUACGACGAAAAUAACAUUGUGCGAUCCCUGCUUGAAAUGUUUGAGGAAUAA